UGUCCGCCAGCGCGCCUGCUCCGUGCCGGAUGCUGAAUUGUAGGCGAUGAUGGCGGAAGGGGAGCACCGCUGACUUUUAUACGAGUUCUUCUCGCGGCCGGAGAACCGUCUACGACAUCGUUUCUCUCCCGCCGAACCUUUCCCGAGACGAUGGGGAACGAGGCUAGCAUGGAAGGGGAGGGACAGGCGGGACAAGGCGGCCCAUGCGCCGUUCCUGCAGCGGGUGCUCCGGCUUCCAUUUCAGCACCACCGGACUCUGGACAGCUCAUCAAGCCGAGCAAUGGAGCGCCUGCCGGGGGAAGUGCCUCUGGACCCGGCCCGGGGAUUAACAGGUCACCUGCAUCUGAACAGGGACCCAAAUCAGGGGUACACAGCAGUCAUGGGACAGGGGACAGGCUGGCCUCUCAUGACACCCCACCUGCUGCCCCAUCCUACGGGGAGCAGGGCCAUGGUCAUGUGUCCAGGAAGAACUUACACGUGGACGUGGGUAGCAGCCGGACUGGGAGGUCUCCUUCGGUAUCCCCCGACCGAGGCUGCACCCCUACCUCUCCUUAUUCUGUGCCUCAAAUAGCACCCAUGCCCAGCAGCAAGCUGUGCCCCGUCUGUAAAACGGCCGACCUGACUGGCACUGGUGAUGACAAGCCAAGCUUCAACACCUGCACUCUGUGCCGCUCCAUGGUGUGCAACCAGUGUGGCUUCAACCCCAACCCUCACCUCACUGAAGUUCAGGAGUGGCUAUGCCUGAAUUGUCAGAUGCAGAGAGCGUUGGGUAUGGAUAUGACCACACCACGUUCCAAAAGUCAACAACAGAUAAACUCUCCUUCUCAUGCUGCCAAACCAGAACUCAAACCUGAUCCUUCUUCUCAGCUGUCCCCUCAGACACAGACAAGUCCUCAGAUUCAGCCAGGACAGACACAUCAACCUCCUGGAGCUUCUAAACAGACUGGCCCAACUCAGCAGCCAACAAAGUUGCCUCCAGGAGCAGUGCCUCUCCCUGGCAUGGCCAAAGCCCCGUCCCAGCCUGAUUUGUCCCGAAACUCCCCAGCCCACCAAACCCACCACUCCCGCCAAGACCAGACACGCAGCGCCGGCAGCUCUCCUUCACGACAUCCUCCUCCUCCUGAGCAGACUUUUGGGAAAUUAUUUGGCUUUGGUGCUUCUCUUCUUAACCAAGCCAGUACACUUAUAUCUGAGACCACUCAACCCCAACAGCAACCCCCGAAAACGGCCCCCAAACCAGGUGGACACCAGGGUCCAGGACCUGGGCCACCUAAGCAUUCGGCACCUCAAUCUGGUCAACAAGGGCCACGAGCGCCACCUCAGCACCAAACCGCUCCUCCAGAUUCCUCCAAACCGAAAGUUGCAUGUCCUCUUUGCAAAAUGGUCCUUAACAUUGGCAACACAGCUGAACAACCCAACUAUAACACUUGUACCCAGUGCCACUCCAAGGUGUGCGACAAGUGCGGAUUCAACCCCACUCCACACCUAGUCGAGAAACAAGAAUGGCUCUGCUUGAACUGCCAGACACAGAGGGCUCUGUCAGGAAGUUUGGGAGACAUUCCAGGUCCUGCAGCAUCUAAUCAGCAACCACCUCAGCAGAAGGACGCUGUUCCACGUUCAGGGCCAAGGCCCACAGGUCCUCAGCAGCAACAGAAACCACUUGGUCCCCAAGUAAGUGGCCCUGCUUCUCCUAUGAAACAGGCUGAGCAGUCCCCUCAAACCAAGGGAAUACGACAGGCUUCUCCUCCUACCAAGGGUUCUACCCAGUCUGUUGCUCAAGCCAAGGGUUCCUCUCAAUCAGUAUCUCAAAGCAAGGGUUCAGCACAACCCCCUGUCCAGGGUAAAGGACAAUUUCAAAAUAAAGGCCCUGCUCAAAAUAAGGGUUCAGCUCAGUCUGGUAACCAAACAAAAGUACAGAGCCAGGCUAAAGGGCAAUCUCCGGCAAAGGGAUCUGCUCAGCCCACUGCUCAGGUUAAAGGUCCAUUGUCUAGUGCCAAGGUUGCAUUCACCCCUAAAGCAUCACCCAAUUCCAAGGCCCCACCAACUUCAUCAAAAACAGCACCUACCCAGGCUAAGCCCACAGGUACACCUCAGGCCCGCAAACAGACGCCAAACCAGGAAAAGACCAAGAUCCCUGCUAAAUCUGUAAAGGAGGAUGUCAAGGCCUCACCAAAGAAAGCCUUGUCAGAGGCUGUCACUUCACCAAAAGACUCGAAGAUAGCAGAAGAUCUGCAAAAGUCAAGACACCGAGACGAUUACAUAAAAUCAAGUACACAGAGUUUAAGUGACACUGGAUAUUCCUCAGAUGGGAUCUCUGGAUACCAGGGGGAGAUUAUUGGUCAGAUUCAUGAAGAAGCGGUCAAGCUCAAUGAGAGGGGUGUGCCCAUUUCCUCUGAAAUCACCAAGUUAGAGACAUCAAUGAAGCCUCUAUUGGAGUCAAAGGCUGCAUCGGACCAGAAGCAUAGGCCUUAUUCGCUAUCUGUUGGACAGGGACGUGACAUUAGUCCAGAUGAUGAUGCAGCAAGAGAUGAAUCAGAUGAUGAGCUCAGCUGUAAGCUUCGUCAUGAUUAUGUGGAAGACAGCAGUGAGAGUGGUCUCUCGCCAUUGCCAGUAAGACAAAAGAAGUCACAUAAAGAUUUAACAGAUGAAGAGUUUAUGAGGAGACAAAUCAUGGAGAUGAGUGCCGAUGAAGAUGAGGAAUAUGGAGACCAGAAAGCUAAAAAAGGACAUAAAACAAGUGGGGAUUCAAACAAAGAUAGACGGCGACUCCCCCACCAUUCUAGUAGUUUCGAGGAUGCAGCCAAAGAAUCAGAAGGGUUGUAUAAGGCAGAAGAAGAGGAAGAUGUUGUGAUGGCUGGGGGUCUUCGCCGCUUUAAGACAAUUGAGUUAAAUAAUACUAACAGUUAUAACAGAGAAAUGGAACUCAGUGCUGAGCAUGACUUAAGAGAACCAGAACUAGAGAUGGAAAGUCUAACAGGUUCACCAGAAGAGAGAUCCAAAGGAGAAUAUUCAUCCACUUUACCUGCUACCACUCCCAGCUACACUUCAGGAACAUCACCCACAUCUGUGUCAUCCAUGGAGGAUGACAGCGACAGCAGCCCUAGUCGAAGAGCAAGACUAGAGGAAGCAAAACAGCAGAGAAAAGCCAGACAUCGCUCACAUGGGCCAUUGCUGCCCACCAUUGAGGACUCCUCUGAGGAGGAUGAACUCAGAGAGGAAGAAGAGCUCUUAAGAGAACAGGAACAAAUGAGAGAUCUUGAACAACAAAGGAUUCGAAGUACUGCUAGAAAAACAAAAAGGGAUAAGGAGGAACUACGAGCACAGAGACGCCGGGAAAGAUCCAAAACACCUCCCAGUAAUCUGUCUCCAAUUGAGGAUGCAUCACCAACUGAGGAACUGAGACAGGCUGCUGAGAUGGAAGAGCUUCACAGGUCAUCAUGUUCUGAAUACUCACCCUCAAUGGACUCUGAAGCAGAAGGUUUUGAGAUCAUAGGAGGAAAGCUCUACAAAUCUGGGAAUGAAUAUAAUCUUCCAACUUUUACCUCCCUCUACUCUCCAACAGAGAAGACACCAUCUAUGACUUCAGCUGAUAAAACACUAAAAAGCGCUGAGGAAGUUUAUGAGGAAAUGAUGAAGAAAGCCCAGCUCCUUCAGAAACAAGGAAAAAAUGUUGCACAGCAGAAGCAUUCUCUAACUGAAAAUGCAAACCUUGAAACUGGUUCGGCCUUAACCCCAGGAUCUAGUCCAACCCAGAUUUCUGCACCAAUGUCCUUCUCCACAACAGGAAAUGACCCACGUAUAUCAGGAAUUCAUGCAGGGCAUCUAUCAAAAGAAACUCAAAAUAGGUUGGUGUCACAGAGUGCCAAAAUUGAAGGUGUUGUUGGAGGAGUUACCACAACCAAAAUGCAAGGCAGUCACACUGCUACAACUCGAAAUGCAGCUGGUGUGGGCUCACAACGGCCAGCACAGGCAUCACCAGACUCUGCAUCAUCAUCUCUAACCUAUAAGGUUUUCUCCCUUUUCAAAGGUCCCAGCCCACAAGCCUCACCCACCACUUCUCCUGUUCAAAGCCCAACACACUCACCAGUUGUACGUCCCACGGGAAGUGGUGGUAGGCAGUUGCCAACAUUGCCUGGCGGUCCAUCAACAACUAUAGCUUCCCAUGGAGCUCCAAGGUCUAAUUCACCUCGUCUUGUACGACAACAGUCCUCUCAAGAUUCACCAGUGAUGGCAAUAACACUUGGGUCUGCAACACCUAAUUCUGCCAAGCCUGUUACUGUAAAUUCAUCCACUUCACCAUUAUCAUCACCUACACAGGUUAGCUAUAAAACCCUGUAUAGCUCCCAGCAAUCAUCCGCAAGUUCACCACCUUUACCACAAAUGCAUCUGUCCCAGCAGUCCCAAAAACAUUCUUCACACAUGGGUCAAAAUGUUGAAAAAACAAAUGUUUCCAGUGGUUUACAGAGUCAUGGUUCAUUUUCCAUGGAAAAUAUAUCUCAAUGUAAAACAGAAACCUCAUUGGGCAUGGGUCAGAGCCAACCCCAUCCAACUACUAUUGUGGAUCUAAGAGCCCCAAUUAGAUCCGCCCCAAUUAUAAUGACAGAGCAAGGGAUGGAUCUAACAUCCCUAGCUUCCGACUCACGAAGGUAUUCUAUGGGAACAGAACAGCCAUCUGUUCGGCUAACAGCAGUCCAACCUCUUAUCAUGAACCUGAAUGCACAAGAGCAGCGACAUGUAUCUGCCUCAACAACAGUAAGUGUAACAGUUGCAGGUUCUAUGUACUUGUCUCAACCCAAACAAGCAGUUGUCUAUGGCGAUCCUUUGCAAAAUCGUGUAGAUUUGGGGCAGGGUGUGGGAUCAGCUGUGUGUUUAUCCCAGAGUAAGACACCAGUUUCAGAUCCAUUUAUUCCCAAAAUUGAUGCUUGCCUUGAGAACCUUGGCAUUCAACAGCAGCAACUGCAAUUACAACAACAAAAGCUCCUGCAGCAGCAACAGCUUCUUGAGCAGCAGCUUCAGCAACAUCAACAGCAAUCUUCUUUUGCCCGUUUCAAUUUAGCAAAUAACACUCCCCUUGUGAUUAAAAAGGAUCUUGUAGUCAAUCAGACAACCAGUUCACAACCUGUAGUUACAGCGAGAGUUGCUCCAUUAGCUACCCAACCUGUAUGUAAUGCCCCUCAUGAAAUUUAUGGUGGGGUCGCUCUAGAGCUCCAAAAUAAGCCGACAGUAAUGAAUCUGUCCACAGGAAAGCCCCAUGUUAUGAUGGUUCAACUUGAUGAGAGUAAAACAUCACAGGCAGGAGCAGUGACUCAGCUAUUAAAAAAAGAGGAUCCUCCUCCCGCCCCUCAAGUAUUGGAUUUAACUGGACAGAUCAAACCAGAAAACCAAGUUGCAUGUUGUGAUGUCGUAUACAAUUUGCCAUUUCCUGGUUCAUGUGCAGGGUCAUUCACUCAGAAACCAACGACAGUAUCACCUGAUAAAAAAACAAUCACGGAGACAUCCAAAGCACCAACCCUUUCUCAUCCUGCCCAUUACAAUAAUAGUCAACAGCAGCAACUUCAGGCUACACAGGGUGUUAAAGAAGAAAAUAAAACAUACCAAACACCAGUAAUUCCGUCGGGAAGAAUACAACCCUCCAUGUCUGAUACUAAUCUACCCACAAUGACUGAUGCUAGUCACUGCCAGAUGAAUAUUAAGGGGAAUAUGGCAGUAGAUCUUAGCAAUAUCAAUCAAACUUACGAUAGUGGAUACUUCAGCAUGGGAGCUCAGUAUGGAUCAUACACUGAUUUGCGUCACCAAGGAGAUAUCGCAGGUCCAACAUUACCCAUGCGGCGUUAUGGUUCACUUUCAAAUAUCAAUUCCGACUACAGCUAUGGGUCAAAGGAGAUAACAGGACCACAUGACUCCAAUCUAGCUCAAUUGAGUGCAACCACUGCAAGGGAAAUUAAUCAGAUGUGUUCCGCGCUUAACACAGUAGAUCAUUUUGCAACACGAUUUGGGCAUAAUCCUGAACUGCUACCUUAUGCAGUUGGUAGAGGUGCGCAUUUAGGUAGGCUAAAUCUUCAGCAAAGUCUAGCAUCAAUAAGAGCAAGCCUGAUGUACGGCACAGAUGGAAGAGCCUUGGCAAAUGGUCAAACCCUAACAAACCUAAUAAAUGCAAGACAGGCAAGUAUACGUGCCCUGUAUCCUGCUGCUUUGAGAGGAGGUGAUGGCAUGAUUUAUUCUACCAUAAACACUCCUAUAGCAUCUACGUUGCCAAUUACUACCCAGCCAGGCCCUGUUCUUCACCCCAUGCCUAGAGGAAUUUACAGGCCAUACCCUACCGGUGUAACUGCUGUACCAUUAGCUAGUCUUACCAGGUUGCCUCAAAUUAAUCCCAAAACAACAGUGGCCACACAAGGAACAUAUCCACAUCCUCCUCCUAACCAAUACACAACCACCACCUCUGGAAGUGUCUCUACUUUAAGCACCUCACAAGAUGAAACUCCCAUGUAUCUUGGAAAGCCUUCAACUGCAGCUCCAAUAAUUCCACCACCCCAAGUUGGCUCACCGCAAAAUACAUUAGGAGCUGGUAUGUUACCUGUUACAGUUCAACAAACCAAUCAGACUCAACAUACUUCACAAAUGUCUCUAUCUCAAAGUCAAGGACAACUUCCAACUGUCAAACCAGCACAGAUGCAGCCACAGCAGUUACCUGCUCAAACUGAACCAUUAUCAUUAACCCAAACACAUCUUCAGGCUCAAUCCAUCAGUCAACCCCAACACCCUGUUUUGACACAUGGUAAUAUCACAACCUGUGUUACUGGCUCUACGUCAAAAUUAUCUCCUCCUACUGAUGCUCAAAAAGAUAAAGAAGAUGAAAGGCUGAGUCAGCAACAAGAACACAUGCUGCAGCUAGAGCGAGAGCGUGUUGAAUUGGAAAAAUUGAGGCAGCUGCGCCUUCAUGAGGAGCUUGAGCGAGAUCGUAUGGAGCUUCAGCGACACAGAGAAAAAGAACAACUAAUUGUUCAGCGUGAAAUUCAAGAAUUGCAGACCAUCAAGCAACAGGUCCUACAACAACAGCAAGCAGAGCGGGAGACUCAGCUUAUAAUGCAAAGAGAGCAACUGGCCCAGCAGAGAAUGCAGCUUGAACAAAUUCAAUCUCUGCAGCAGCAACUCCAACUGCAGCUGGAGGAGCAGAAAAGGCAAAAGACAGCAGCAGUCGAGGCAGCAGCUGCUGCUGCAGCAGCGGAAGCAGCCGCAGCAUCGGCAGCCGCAGCAGCAACAUCUGCCCAGGGUGCCAUACAAGGAGUGGUGGUUGGCGGAGGACCACCUCAAGGCUUCCUCAUUUGUGAUCAGAGUGGAAGGGUUAUUCAACAAGAUGCACAAACUGUUCAAUUUUGGCAAGAUGGACAAGUGGUCCAAGCUGUGGUGUCUGCCAGACCUAUUCAUAGUUCUGUGUCAGAAAUGUCUUUAAGAAGCACCGAAAAACAAGCUGACUCAAAGAUUAUGAAGAAGCAAAAUUCUAUGCCCCGUCUUAGAGACAGCACAGAAGAUGAUUCUGUGAAGAUAGCAGACAGUUGUAUACAAACAGAUGAUGAAGAUGGAGAGGAACGUUUCAUAAACCGCCGAAGGAGAACAAGACGCAUUGCAGACUGCAGUGUGCAGACUGAUGAGGAGGACCAGACAGACUGGGACCAGCAGCCAGUGAGGCGCCGGCGCUCACGUAUUUCAAAGCACUCAGACUCCAGUGGUGAGACUAAAUCAGAUGGGUCAUCAAGAGCAAUAUCUGCAAGUAUAGCUAUUCAAACCUCAAAUGACUCCUCAUGCCAGACAGAACCUGAUCAACUUGGUAGGGUUUCGCCAGCUAUUCAUAUCACUAUGGUAGAAAGUUCAAAAGUUGACCUAUUACAUUACAUAGCAGCUCCUGAGAGGACCCACAAGGGGGAAAGUCUUGCUUGUCAGACUGAACCAGAGUCACACUCUCAAGGUGUAGUUGCUCCUCAACUCAGUGUCCCCACAACAAUUAGUCCAUAUUCUACAAGUAUGCACAUAGUUAGUGCAAAUACAUGUGAGACAAACUCCCCAAGACUACAAGGAGUUGCCAAGUUUGAGAGACGGAAACCUGACCCUUUGGAAAUCGGUUAUCAGCCACAACCAAAUGAAUGUCAUCGCCAGCCCCCCAAAUCUCCUCAGGUUCUGUACUCCCCAGUGUCUCCAUUGUCUCCUCAUCGUAUGUUGGAGACAACAUUUGCCUCACAAGAGAAGCUAAACAAAGCCCAUGUCACACCCCAGCAAAAGGCUUUCACUGCUGAAUCGCCACAACGCCAACAGUCUCUACCAAGACCGAUAAAAAGUGUGCAACGUUCCAUGUCUGAUCCAAAGCCUCUCAGCCCCACAUCAGAGGAUCCUGGAAAGAACAGAUUUUCUCCAUAUCAUCAGCAAGCUGUGUCCAGCAGUCAGCAGAUGGCCACCCUGCAGCAGCAGAACGCUGUGAUGAGGAAGGUAAAGAGAACUCUUCCCAGCCCCCCUCCCGAAGAGUCUCCGGUCCCCAUAGUUACUCCAGCACAAAUUUACAGUUCUCCUGGCAUGCCCCAGAGGGUUUUGCCUCGACCUGCACAAGGAGUCACCAAAGCAGGCUUGCUUAGUGAACUGAAGGCUGUGGAACAAGAGUCAUCAAAGCUACGGAAGCAGCAAGCCGAACUGGAGGAAGAAGAGAAAGAGAUUGAUGCCAAAUUACGUUACUUGGAAUUGGGCAUCACUCAGCGUAAGGAGACCAUGGUAAAGGAACGGGAGAGAAGAGAGCUGGCUUACUUGCGUUGUAUGGGCGAUGCUCGGGACUACAUGUCAGACAGUGAGCUCAACAACAUCAGGAUGGGAACUGCAACAGCAACCUUUGAUGCCAAUGGUUUGCUUUCAAGGCCCAGCACUGCGCCAAUGAGUCCGUUUACUAACGAUCCUACUGCAACAUCCCAGUAUUCCUCAACCUCUUCCUAUAUGUCUUAUCCUUACUCUCAAAAUCAACCAUCUUCACAACAGCCAGGCUCCUACCAUCAGAUUGGUUUCCAACCUCCUCAGUACCCAUCAUCCUCUGCUCCCCAGCCAGGCACAUUCCAGCCCCACCCUCCUCCAGGCCCUGGCUACCAGAACCAGGGAAACUAUUCCUCACGUGUGUAUAGCCAAACCUCUUACCAAACAGACCUUGGCAUGCAUCAGCAUGGUCACCAGGCCUUCCAUCCACCAAAUCAGCCUAUGCCAGGCCAAAGCCUUCCAUAUCCUAGCCACAGCUCAUACCAACCUGGACUAUCUUAUCCAACCCAGGCUGAUAUCCUCACAGUACACCAAAGGCCAAGGCAAACCUCUUUGGCUGACCUAGAGCAAAAACUUCCCACAAAUUAUGAGGUCAUCAGCAAUCCAGCAGUCUCGGUGGCCACGUCGGCUCCAGAAACAGUAUAUGGUUCUGCCUACAGCAAUGCGUAUGGACAAUAUCGCCACUCUGAGCCGGGCCUUACUCACUCUGGUGACAGCCCAACAUCUGCUUAUGUUUCAGAUGAACAUUACACCUCUAACUUAGAACAGAACAUUCCAAGGAAUUAUGUAAUGAUAGAUGACAUCAGUGAGUUGACAAAAGACAACACUGGUCCAGCCACUGAUGCCCUAGGUCCACCUGUAGGUGGGCGAUAUCGCAGUGAGAAUGGUCCUGGACGUGGCAGUCCCUAUGGUAGACCUGAAGAUGAGUCAGUGGAUGCUUAUGGUAGACCCACUGGAACAAUGGGUUACCAGAACACAGCAGACAGUCGUACAAGCACCACAGUUAGCGGAGGAUCUUAUUAUUAUGAUGACUACAAACACUCUUCACGGAGCAGUCACAAAGUCUCACCCAAAAAUCUUGCCCCUGCCGUUGUCUCUUCUAAACGUAGUAAGCACCGAAAACAGGGAAUGGAGCAGAAAAUAUCAAAAUUUUCUCCUAUUGAGGAAGCUCGGGAUGUGGAGGCAGACCUAGCGUCCUACACGAUGACAACUUCAACAGGAGGCAGUUGUACUGUGGUGUCCAGGUCUAAGAAACAGGACGAAUUAGCAUAUGGUAUGAAAAGGAAUGCAUAUGACCAGCAGAAAUAUUAUGGCACCAGUCGCGAGGGUCUUGAGGAAGAAGAUCGCAUGUACAGUUCUGGUAGGUCCAGGUCUACAGGAUACGGCAUGGAUAAGAUAUCUUCCCGAGAUGCCUCAGGUCACAGAAGUAAAUCCUAUGAGAGGGAUGCCAUGGAGCGUUCUCAGCGAAGCAGCCGCAGUGGAAGGCCACCCAUACGCAAUCAGAAUUCAGAGGAAGAGAGUCCAAUCAGUCCUGUCGGUAAACCUGUAGGUAUUGGACGGAGCUCUGGUGUUCCAAAUGCUCAUGAUGUGAGAAACCAGUAUGGGUCCAGUCAUUCGCUUCCAGAUGUGCAGGACCACCAUAAGAAGGACCUUCCCAGGAGUCAUGUGUAUAAACCAGAUGACCCUUACCUUGUAGAUGACAUGAACUGUGCUGUUUCUGACAGUGAAGCCUAUCAUUUGGGUCAAGAGGAAACUGAUUGGUUUGAAAAGCCUCGGGAGGCCCGAUCAGAACGUUCAAGACAUCACAGAGGUGGAAGUCAGUCAUCUUCAGGUAGGCGUACAAAGCACACCUACCAUGACUAUGAUGAUCCCUCAGAGGAAUACGGACCCCAGGAUGACAACCAUCAAAGGCAUUCCUCCUCUGCAUCUUCACGGGACCAGCGAUAUCAUGGCAACAGCUCUGGGAGGCACAACUCUUCUCGACAUGUCUCAGAAGAUCCCAGAUCUUCUCGUUCCUCCAGGACACACCCAAAAGACACAUCAGGAAGAUCUGACGGCAGAAGCUCGUCAUCUGCUCAAAGAAGGGGUGGACCGGACUCCCGUUCAACCCAAGGAAGUCCCCGUAAUUCAGGGGACUUCUCUCGUGACCCGGCCGCUGGCCAUCACCACGGCACUGGGGGACGGAGCCAGAGGCAACCAGGAGAACGCACAAGAAGACAGGAUCCCCCUAAUUCAGGCUCUAAGAUGCAGCAGCAGGGGCAUGUUGGGCAACAGCGGCCAAGUGUUCCAAGCCAGUCGGGAAGACAUCCAGUUUCUGAGCCUCUUGAUGGUACUCAGCAACCCCAACAGCAGCAGCUAAGUGCACAACAGCAGCAGCAGCUGCCACAACAGCACAGUCAGCCCCCUGCUAGCAGCCAGCCAACAACUACUGUAGGAACUGGAUCACCGCAGCAGCAGCCACCGAAAACAAGCCAUGCACAAACACAGGGAGGUCUAUCAGGAGGAGGCUCUGCAGCAGGGCAGCCAGCAACAACAGCGGUGAAGAUGGAUGCCACACCGUCAGCAACUUCCAUAGGAAUGAAGCCUACAAUGGCCAUCCCAACCAUACCUCAGACUACAAAAACAACUCCACCCCCUCUAACCGGCAUUGGCUCAAAAGCUGCCCCUGUUGGGAUCGGCAGCAAAGCUGGUGGUAUUGGCAGUGCUGCAGCUGGACAAGCACCUGCUGAAGGGGAAAACGUUUUGACCAAAAUUCUGCAAGGAGGUGCAGCAGAGCAGGCGGGAAAAUUAGGAGACGCUCUGUCUGGCCUUGGGAAGAAAUUCACUUCAUUCUUUUGAAUUGGAGAGGGGUCUGCAGUCAAUACAAUACAAAAUGAGAGGCUUUGUACCGGAAAAACCUAUGAAACUACAUUAAUUACAUUUUACCAUCACAGAGGAGGUUAAGAGAGAGAGAGAGAGAAAGCAAGGGAGAGAGAUCCUCUGCGCAUCAGGUUAGAAUCAAAGGAGAGAGCCUUGCCAGCACUGAAUUCCCCAGACAUGCAUGUGAUUGAAGUGGAGCUGAAUGGGGAAGAAGACCUUAAAAUGAAGGGAAUGCCCUAACAUGAAAUUCUGUCAAUCCCACCACAUAAGAGCGGGACGUCACAUGGGCUCCCUGCCGUUCUUCCACAGUGUCUUUAACUAGUAGGACAUUAAUGAUCAUGAGGCGGAGGAGAGAUGGUAAAAGAGAACGCGUGUUCAGCUUCUCCUCUUCCUCAGUAGAGAGCCCUCAGGGAUCCAUAAGAAAGUUCAGGGUCCGCUGAUGGAUUGGUCUGGCUGUGAUCCAAUUGAGGAAAGCCCCAGUGCUCCCUCUGCAGGAUGUUCAUCAUUUCUGAGGAUUGCAAAUCUGGCAAGGAUCUUUGAUUCCACCUUGAUGCUGUUUCUUCAAAACUGUCAUAGGUUUUUCUGGUACCAAAGAACUGCUCACAGAUGACUCCACUAACAAACCUGAGUGCUGGGUUUCUCUGAUCUCUACAUUCCAGAAUGGGAACGUAACCCUGUCUUUGAAUGUGUUCUUACUUCUCCUCAAUUUCUUUUCAGUGUCUCGACUGAAUGCAUUGUGUAUACGUGUACAUGCACGCACAAGUAUAUAAGAAAAAUAGAAAAAGGAAUCCAUGUCGUUUCUUUUCCGGAAUUGUUCAGAAGCUACUAGUCAUGAGCUUUAUUUAUCUAUUUAUUUUUGUUUGGGAAAGAAAUUACUGCCAGUGUGCCCAUAAGUGUGAGAUUCACACAGAUGAGAGGACCAAAUGAAAGAGUGGCAGUGGCUUGAUAUCUUGCCAUCAGAAAGCCAUUGUUAUUUUCUGUGUGGAACUUUCAUAUCUCAUCUUAUAGUUCCUUUUCAAUUUGCCUCAUGUUCAUUGAUUGGAAAAGCCUUAUUCACAACUUAUUGUUUGAUUUAAUUUUUACUUAUAUACCUCGUAUGUUUUGAAAUGUCCGUACCAUGACACGUUUCUUUUUACACAGCUGUAUACUACUGUAUGUACAUAAUCUCUCAAGAUGUCAUGAUGUAAAUUUGUCAUUUGUGUAUUUAUGGAAUAACAUUUUUACCUUGUUGUUUUCUUUGGUACAAGUUUAUAUUUAAAGCUUUUUAUUUUGUUAAUUGUCUGUUUUCUUGCAUCAAAUGAUUUGCUUGUUGACUUAAAAAAAAAAAAAAAAGCAAUAGCAUGCAGAUAACAGUAUAUAGCACAAUGGUCUAAAUGUUUGUGUACGUCAGCGAUGGGGAAUUGUCCAACGCUUAUUGUUGUACAGAUUGUCAAACGGUUUACAACCAUCGUACCAGAUGUCCGGAUGUGCAUGUGUGUUAGGCGCAGAUGCAUAAGUGCAUGCAGAGUGGUAGGAACACAUACAGACGCACAUAUUUGCCAUCGGUCAGAGUUUCUUUCUGCUCUACGGUUAAGUCAUCAACAAUCUCGAAAAAGCUGGGCCCACUGCCUUUUUUCCCCACGUACGCACACACACACGAAGUGUAGAUGAGCAAUUCAAAAGUUCUAUGCAAAGACUCAUUUUGAACCUGGUCGUGACGCCACCAACGGGAAAUCGACGACAGAAUUAUCAAGUAAAGCAGAUAGAGAUACUUGUGUUUUUACUGAGCAGCCUAUUGAACGAGAGUUAUUUUGGUUUUUUUUUUUCGUUGCAUGUUUCUUGAGCUGUCACCCCUUUCACAGGGACUUGUUGCCAAAGGGUAAACUGUGUCUAAUGUCUGUUUUUGAAUGUCUGCCAUCAUGUCGCUUCGUAGCAUGGAUUUGCUUGGCUUCUUCCUUGGCUGUUUGUUAGUUCUUCGAGCGUUUUGCCUGAACUAGGCUUGCAGUGACCGUCUGUGCUGCUAUGAACCUGUGACACAACACACGGUCAGCACUCGUCAUUUAUUUCUGUCAGUAUAAUUGUGUACAUAUUUGGGAGUUACUAUAAUCUUGCGGGGGUGAACGGAAUGCUUCUUUUCAAUAUAAUACACCUUUGAUUACAUCGCUCAGCAGCCAAGCCUUCAGGGAGAUAAAGGUGCAUGAUCAAAUGCUUGGUUUUGCCUGAAUGACUACAGCGUGGCAUGAUUUCACCGAGGUUUGCAAACAGACCGGUGAGCAGAGAAUGGAUGAGCAAAAGUUCAGCCACUCAUUCACAAAUCAGGGCAUGUCUUUUUGUUUGGAAAGCACAAGCCUGGCUGGCAGACAAGCAGACACAUGGAAGUUAUGUCACAGUGCCUCCGAGAUCGACAUCUAAACAUGAGAUGAUGAUCUGCUUGAUGUGAGGCACGUAAGACUCAACAGCUUUUAGUGCAGCCAUCCUCGUUCUAAUUGUAAAUACACGUUCAUUUGACUGUACAGCUUUUGUUUUGAGUACGGCUGUCAUGUGCAUCCCCAUGCCGUCUUUGCUGCCAACUUUUUGUGUAUAAAAGAACAUUUAUUAACAGUAACAAGGAAGAUGAUUAUGAUAAUUGCUUAUGCAUAGUCUUUGUAUGUGGCUAACUUGUACUGACUGUUUACAGCAGUGGAACAAAAAUUCCUGUUGAGAAACAUACAGUCUAUGUAGAGAUUCUAUCCUUACUGUGUUUUAGAACCUCUGUGGCAACAAGUUGCCUUUAAUGUCCCACAAUUGGGAGGUUUGAGUGGUUACGAUCUAGAAUGUGAUCUGGUUUUCAGAAGAACCUGGGCAAAAAGAAAAAAACGAAGCAAAACAUCUGGAAAAUGUCAUUCACUGUUGUAAGUGCAAUGGGAGAAAACGUCAGUCGUGUAUCCAUUGUGAAACCUUGUUCUCUAUUCAGUGUAUUCCCGUAAACUGAUAAAUUGGUUAGUAAAUUUUGGUGCAUCAUGUCCAGUAAUGUGAUUCAAUGAAAAUAUUGACCCUUUCCAAACAGAGAAAAAGAAUAAAAAUUAAAGGAACAUAAUGUCGUCUUGUACAUAGGACUCCGUUUCUCCGUGUCACCUUUUUCCCUGAGCAAAGUUUUCUGGGUCUCAGGAAACGUGACUCUGCUAUUCCCAUGCCAUUGACAAA